AUGGAACCAUCAUCUACCGCCGCCACGGUGGCCCUGUCUCUCCCCGAGCUCGUCCGCAAGAUACUGGAAUUCUAUUUCGGUGUUCAAUACUGGGGAGAUCGUCCGGCAUCCGUCUCAGCCAUCCGCUUGUGGUCAAACCCCGACGCAUACAGACACCUUGGCGAGGUGCCUCCGGAGCGCCGACAAAUUUACGCCUCCAAGAUCAGAAACAUAGAGGUGUGGGAUUCAAGCAAACAUUGUAACCUGUCGGCGUUGGAGGGCCUUGAGUUCCCCCGACUGAAGCAUCUCAUGACGGACGUCCCCUCGAUCGACUCCUUCAACAAGCAUCAAAUGAAGCCUUUCUGCGUUCGGUUGUUGCGAACGUUCAUAUACCACGGAGAACGUGUCUCUACUGAAUUACUCGAGUUACUGCGAGAUAACUGUCCGAAUCUCAAGCACGCCCUGCUCUCUACAUACAAGGAGCAACCCCCCACUGCUUCCUUUGCUGGAUUUAUACAGAGCAUGCCGUUUCUGGAAACCUUCAUCUUCACGACGGCCAGGAUUGCGUCUACUCCUCCGUCCCCAACAGUCGAUGGUGACCUCCUAUCGAGCUUGGCACGCCGGAGCAACUUGGUCAUCUUGCAGCUUCCAUGGCCUUGGUCAAGGGAUGCGGCAGUUUCUGCAACGAGGCAGCUUGUAGACGUGGAAUCCCACCGCGAAGCCAGGCCUUUUCCUUCGCUCAUGUCACUCACUCUUUCCGUCCCAUCAAACGCCAUGUCAAAGCUGGCUUCGAUGUUGACAAACCUCAGCCGCCUCCAUUUGGUAAUCAAGACGUCAGAUGGUGAUGCAAUAGAGCCUCUCCGCGAGUUGGUCAAUCUAACAAGACUGCAAGUAAUGUUCGGGGAAACCGUGUACAUCCCAGGAGCUUCAUUGGCAGCACUUGCGACACUGUCAAAGCUCGAAUCCCUGAUAUUGGCGCCUCUGCACCCCGUUUGGAUCAAUGUCACGUCUUCCUUCUCAGAUGCCGACCUCGAGCUGGUUGCCUCCCACUGGCCACGUCUUCACUCCCUCGUCUUCGGCAUCCAUUGUGCAGUCUCCGGCCGGGGAUUUCGAUCUCUUUCGUCUCACUGUCGGGAACUGCGCCGGUGGGAGAUGUCCGGGCCGCUCCAAGUUGAUGAGCUGUUAUCGGAGAAUCUAGGUGGUCCUCCCUUAUUUCCAAAGCUGGAGUAUUUGCGAUUCGCGGGUUUUGCAGGCGUGAUGUACAACAUGAACACAGACAGGUUCGAAGCAAGGCAGCGUGAUGAUGGUGUCGUUUUCUUCACGCUUUUCAACGAUGUACUGGUGUGA